AAAAAAUUUAGCUUGAUUGCAGACCUAGCCUUCGGGUAAUAUUCGCUUGAUUGCAGACCUAGCAAUUCGACGGACUUCGACAAUUAACCUUCGACAAUUGCAGACCUAGCCUUCGGGUAACGUUCGAGAGAGACUGGACUGCCACACUUGGACGGACUUCGACCGUUCGACGGACUGGUCUUCGGACGACGCUCGAUUGGACUGCGGACGGCGGCGUUCGAGCGGAAGGGGACUGCGGACGGCGGCGUUCGAGCGGAAGGGGACUGCGGACGGCGGUGUUCGAGCGGAAGGGGACUGCGGACGGCGGCGUUCGAGCAGACAACAGAGGGGUUCGAGCAGACAGGGUUCCAGCAGCGGCUUUCGAGUUCGAGUCGACGAACCUUCCUCUUCGGCCUAUCUUUGAGCGAGCGGACUUUGUUUGUGGUGGGCCUAAGUAACAGUGAACUUGAAGAGCACGUCAUGCACCGUAUGGCUGCCGCUGCUGCAAUUGGAAGAACUCAUCACAAUCAAAGGAGGGAGGGAUCUAGAAAUCCAGUUGUUGCUUCAUCAUCUGCAUCUGUCCACAUGCUAAACAGUUAUCCAGAAAUCUCUGUUGGUAGUAGGAAUCACUGGCAGCUCUUUAUUCUCUCUCCUAUCCAAAACACUAUUGUCUUCUUGUGUUCUUUGGGGAAUAAGCCAAAUAGACAAUUCAAAAAUAUUAUUGAUGCUGCAAUGGAGGCAAGCUGUAGACUCAACUCAAGAAAGGGAAGAGUGAAAUGGAUUAUUCCUAUGCGAUUCGCCAAUCCGGAACCAUUCUCAUCAGAAGAGAUUGAUGAAGUACGGACUCGUUGGGCAUCAUAUUUCUUAGAAAUGACGCAAUCCAUCAACGACACAUGAUGAACGUGUUUGUUUAAGUUUUUGAGUGAUGAUGUUAAACAAGUACAAUGUGUUAUUACUCUAGACUUGUGCAAGAAUUGUUUUAUUUUAGCUUGUUAUUAUGUACUAAGUUGUUACUUGACCUUGUUUAACAUUUGUGGAAGAAUUGAAAAUUAGCUUGUGUUAUUGUUUUAGAUGGAUCAAGUGAACAGGUGAAAAAUUGUGCUAUAGUAGUUGAUGAUACUGUUAAUGAUGUGAUUAUAGUAUAAACAGGGG